AUGAGGCUCCUUGCAUCAAACUCCACAAGGGCCACCACAAGCCAGACGCCAUUGUCUUGGAACGUUGGCACUUUUGCCAGCAGAACGGCUCGAAUCAUGGCGCUUGCAAUGUUCGGCGCACUGGUUAUCCAAGUUGUGCUCCUAGAUUGUGCGUUUUCUCUUUUUUUCACCGAAGAGAAAAACGAGCUCCUUGCGAGUAGCCAAGAUCCCAGUGAUUUUCAGUUGGCAUCCUACCAAAGCUAUGGAUUCUUUGAUGACAUCUCAUCCGAGGAUUGGAAGCUACACCAACAACGCUUUCAAACUCACAAAGACCAUAUGAAUGAUAGAAGACCAGAUCCCACUUCAAAUGAGCUACCAGCAAUGUACUACAUGAGUCACUAUGAUCCUCUUUUUACUUGUCCCCAUGAACGCCGAUUAGGAGGGCUGGGUGAUGGGCCAAAGUGGACUUGUGAUCCGCAUCGACUGGAACGAGUUGCCAGGGAAAGAAAAGAGAAAACUCAAGCUGGGGCACAAACAAGCAACAAGCAACAACAGGCUAACUGCCUGAUCUAUUCGAUUGGGUCUGCUGGAAAAUAUGAAUGGGAAGAAGCUCUGGCCAAGUCCCUGAUGAAAGAAGGACAAACAACUCUUCAGACUAAUUGUGAAAUCCAUGUUUUUGAUUACAGCAAGGACUACACCAAAUCAGGCCAUUCCAGUGAGCUCAACAUUCACUUUCAUCAAUGGGGAUUGAAGAGCAGCUAUGAUGACAGCUUGCCCAAGGCAUGGAAUAUCCCGCCGAAGGAUUUGGAGCGACUCUACACCCUUCCUGAAAUGAUGGCCAAGUUAGGUCACACUCACCAUACCAUUGAUGUUCUCAAGAUUGAUUGUGAAUUCUGUGAAUGGUUCACCUACAAGGAUUGGUUGAAGCCUGAGUUGAAAAUUCUGCAAUUGCUCAUUGAAGUACACAAUCUACCAACGUCAUUACCAAAUCCCCAACAAAACAAAGGUGGACGAUACUUUCCUGUGUCGACCAAUUUGUCGCCUUCUCAGUUUUUUGAUGACAUUGAGAAUGCGGGAUUUGUUAUGUACAGUAAGGAGCCAAACAUCCAUCCACAGGCACAGGGAAAUGGGGUUGAGUUUGCUUACAUUAAACUUCACCCGGAGUUCUUCAAAGCUGAGGGAGCUACGAAGUGA